AUGCCGCCUCGUCGCUCUCACAAAAAGUCUCGCGCGGGCUGUCGCAGGUGCAAGAAUAGGAAGAUCAAGUGCGAUGAAGUCCACCCGCGAUGCGGCAACUGCGCCAAGCAUGGCGUCCCAUGCGACUUCAGUAAUCCCGAUGUCCUCGAACAGCUCACUGCCGCGACGCCUACUGUGAGCGCUGAGAGCAGCAUCGGCGCACCAACUCCCUCGCCUUCGGCGACAAUCAACGCUCCCAGGACUCCUUUGACGCGUCCACGUGCCCCCUCAAGUCCGGUCAGGGUUCCAAGGCCAAACCCUUCUCCUCCAACUUCUGUUUACUCGCAACCGUCAAUAAGCUCGGCAACAUCCGAUCCAAAUCAUGGCGACAGAAUGCUCGAGUUGCGCCUCAUGCACCACUAUACAAACGUCACGUCAAAAACCCUCCUGACCAACUCCCCUGCCGCUGAGGAUAUCUGGCAACGUGCUGUGCCUCAGAUGGCAUUCUCCGGCAAUGGCAAGACCUAUCUCGCCGACGCCAUUCUCUCCGUCGCCGCACUUCACCUGCGCUCCAUGGCCCCUGACGACAAGUGCUUGGUGCGCGCCUCACAUGCCUAUUCAGCAUCCUCACUUUCCGCUUACUGCGCAUCGCUGGAAGCUGGCAUCACCGCCGACAAUGCCGAAGCACUUUUCCUUACCGCGACUCUCAUUGCCUUCCAAGCGAGUGCUUCUCGCCUCUUCAUUAAGGACGACGGAGAUACCGACCCCAGUGACUCGAUAAGCAGAUAUACGCCCCCCCUUUCUUGGUUUCACGCCUUCCAAGGUGUCAAGACUGUGGUCGCAAGUUCCUGGCAGUGGAUUUGCCACAGCGAUAUCGUCAAGGUCGUGAUCGAUUCUCAGCCAAGUUUCCAGCUCAACCUAAAUCCGCGCUCACCCGAUUCUUACUUUGGACACAUGCUUGAAGGGCUAGCAGACGAGCUCAUGAACGAAGAUCCCCGCUACGUCGCUGCUACCACUCAGGCGUACUCGCAUGCUGUUAGCGUCCUCAACUGGGCUCACAAGAACUACCACGCAGCUGCUGCGCUGGCUUUUCCAGCAACAGUUUCGAGGAGAUAUGUCGACCUGGUGGAUGCCAAGCGGCCACGCGCCCUCGCCAUUCUUGCCUGCUUCUUUGCCCUUCUAAAACGAAUGGACAAUGUCUGGUGGCUACAGGAUGUAUCUCGGAGAGAGGUGAUGGGCCUCGUAAACCUGUUCGAGCCUGGUUCCAAGUGGUGGCGCCAUCUCGAAUGGCCCAUUCGUAUUGCCCUGCUUGACGGCAGCACAAUACCGCAGGACAUCUGGGGCACCGAGUUGGAGGAGCAGGCUCCGGAUCAGUCAGAGGUUGUUGGUUCCAUGGUCCAGCACAUCGAGCUUUUUGCCGGGAUGCUGAACCAAUCACAUGUGCAGCCUCCUAUUCCAAUCCCAGACGAGGAUCUUAUCGUGCCCGACUCCCCGGACUGA